UGUUAAUGUAGUACGGUAAUUAGUAAGACAACUUCCCAAUAAAGUUGUUUUUAAGUGCACUAAUCAUUGAAAAUGACAGAAACAAAAAUAGCCUUUCUAUAUAAAAUAGCGUCUUCCUUACCAUCAAAUAUAUCCAACAAUGUUCAAAAUGUGUUAAAAAGUUAUUAUUUAAUGAAAUGUAAAGAAGUAACUAAAGGUUAUGGACUACCAGAUAAACAUUUCUCAACAGCUGCAAGAUGCCCGCACUGCUGCCUAGAAUGGAAAAAAGGAACUAAUAUCAAACUUAAUCCAAUAAAACUGAGUAAAAGGCAGAGGAAACGAAGAAAACAUUUAAAGGAUAGAACUAAAAAGGGGAAAACACAAGCACAAAACUCUUUGCUGCAAAUGAAUGAAAUGGAAAAGAUAUGCAUGUUUUGCAAGAAAAGUGUUAAAACACAAAUCCUUAAACCUGAGAGAAUUAAACAAAAGGCUAUCAUGGAGAAAAACAUGAAAAAUAGUAUCAACAAUCGUACUAUAGAGAAAAAAGAAAUAGGAUCAAAUAAAGCAAAACCCACUAAACAAGUAAAUGAUAGAAUAUCUCAAAAUAUCAAUAUUUACUCAAACACAAUAGAAGUUUUUAAAUUAAACAAUAAAAAUAAUACACUUGCAAGUCAAGUGAAAGAACCACCAAAAAUAAUAAACAAUAAUAAAAAGAGGAAGGACAAGUAUGCAGGUCUGUGUAAAAUGGCUGUUCUGGCUGCUGCUAAACUGAAGGAGGAAAAACAAAAACAACAUAAUAGUAAAUUAAAUCUAUUUCUAAAACCAUCUUUAUAGUGUAAUAUAUAAACAAUACUCAUAAAAUUUUAAAUUAAUAUUGUUGGAAGGUAAGCGCUGGAAAAUUAAGUGUCAAUGAUUCUUGACAAUAAAAGGACAAUGACUGAAAA